AAAAUGUUUAUUGGUGGGUUAGAUUGGGAUACAACAGAAGACAGAUUGAAAGAAUAUUUUAGUAAAUAUGGUGAAGUUAUAGAUCAUACAAUCAUGAGAGAAUCUUCAACUGGUCGUUCAAGAGGGUUUGGAUUUUUAACAUUUGCAACAUCAAAAUCUGUUGAUGAUGUUUUGAAAACUCAACAUGUUUUAGAUGGUAAAGUUAUUGAUCCAAAAAGAGCAAUUCCAAGAGAUGAACAAGAUAAAACUGGUAAAAUCUUUGUUGGUGGUAUUGCACCAGAAGUUCGUCCAAAGGAAUUUGAAGAAUUUUUCGGUAAAUUUGGUACAAUUAUCGAUGCUCAAUUAAUGUUGGAUAAAGAUACUGGACGUUCAAGAGGGUUUGGUUUUGUUACAUUUGAUGCACCAGAU